GGCGGCCAGGCGGCCGGAGGCGGGAAGGAUGCGGACAGGAUGCGGGCGCGGGGGCGCAUCUCCUCCGGGCGGGGCCGCGGUCCGGCGGGCGGCGCGGGAGCGGUUCUGGAAGUGAUGGAGGAGGCGGAGGCCGACUGCGCCCUAGCGUUCGCCGAGGCCCAGAGAUGGGUGGAGGCAGUAACAGAGAAGAAUUUUGAGACAAAGGAUUUUCGAGCCUCCCUGGAGAAUGGUGUUCUGUUGUGUGAUUUGAUUAAUAAGCUUAAACCUGGUGUCAUUAAGAAGAUCAAUAGACUGUCCACACCAAUAGCAGGUUUGGAUAAUAUAAACGUUUUUUUGAAAGCUUGUGAACAGAUUGGAUUGAAAGAAGCCCAGCUUUUCCAUCCUGGGGAUCUACAGGAUUUAUCAAAUCGAGUCACUGUCAAGCAAGAAGAGACUGAUAGGAGAGUGAAAAAUGUUUUGAUAACUUUGUACUGGCUGGGAAGAAAAGCACAAAGUAACCCCCACUAUAAUGGUCCUUAUCUUAAUUUGAAAGCAUUUGAGAAUCUUUUAGGACAAGCUCUGACUAAGGCACUUGAAGAGUCCAGCUGCCUGAAGAGGAGUGGCAGAGACAGUGGUUACGGUGAUAUCUGGUGUGCUGAGCGUGGAGAAUUUCUUGCUCCUCCAGGCAACUAUAAAAGAGAAGACUCAUUUGAAAGCUUGGACUCUUUGGGGUCUAGGUCAUUCACAAGCUGCUCCUCUGAUAUCACGUUGAGGGGGGCACGUGAAGGUUGUGAAAGUGACACAGAUUCUGAAUUUACAUUCAAAAUGCAGGACCAUAAUAAAAAUGAUAUGUCAUAUCGAAGGAUUUCAGCUGUUGAACCAAAGUCUGCUUUACCAUUCAAUCGCUUUUUACCCAACAAGAGUAGACAGCCAUCCUAUGUGCCGGCGCCCUUGAGGAAGAAAAAGCUGGACAAAAAUGAGGAUAACAGAAGAAGCUGGGCAAGCCCAGUCUACAUAGAAGCCGAUGGAGCAUUUCCAAGUAACGAGAGGAGAACUUGGGGCACAAACGUGGAGAACUGGCCAACAGUACAAGAAACUUCAGACUCCUCUUGUUAUUUGGAAGAGGCAGAAGAAAAGACAAGCAUACCCAACACUGUAAAGGAUGAUCUUUAUGUGCGAAAGCUAAGCCCAAUCGUGCCAAGCCCAGGGAAUGCUUUUGAUCAGUUUCUUCCCAAAUGCUGGAUCCCAGAAGAUGUGAACUGGAAACGAAUAAAAAGGGAAACUUAUAAACCAUGGUAUAAAGAAUUUCAGGGAUUCAGUCAGUUUUUAUUACUUCAGGCCCUCCAGACAUAUUCUGAUGACAUCUUGUCCUCUGAAACAAAUAUCAGAAUUGAUCCCACUGCUGGCCCAAGGCUCAUAACACGCAGAAAGAAUCUCUCUUAUACACCAGGAUAUAGACCAGAUGACCUGGAGAUGCCAGCCCUGGAUCCUGACUUAGAGAAUGAUGAUUUCUUUGUCAGAAAGACUGGGGCUUUCCAUGCAAACCCAUGUGUUCUCCGGGCUUUCGAAGACUUAAGAAGGCUUUCUGGGCAAGACGAUCCUGUAGAGCAAGAUAUAAUUCUGCAGUGUAGGGAAGGUGAACUUGUACUUCCAGACCUAGAAAAAGAUGAUAUGAUUGUUCGCCGCAUUCCAGCACAGAAGAAAGAGGUGCCUCUGUCGGGAGCCCCAGAUAGAUAUCAGCCAGUCCCUUUCCCCGAACCCUGGACUCUUCCUCCGGAAAUUCAAGCAAAAUUUCUGUGUGUACUUGAAAGGACAUGCCCACCCAAAGAAAAAAGUAAUAGCUGUAGAGUGUUAGUUCCUUCCUGUAGGCAGAAGAAAGAUGACAUGUUGGCUCGUAAGAUCCAAUCUUGGAAGCUGGGAACUACUGUGCCUCCAGUCAGUUUCACCCCUGGUCCCUGCAGCGCGGCCGACUUACAGAAGUGGGAGUCCAUCCGGGAGGCCAGCAGGCUUAGGCACAGGAAGCGGCUGAUGGUGGAGAGACUCUUUCAAAAGAUUUAUGGUGAGAACGGGAGCAAGUCCAUGAGUGAUGUCAGCGCAGAGGAUGCUCAGAACUUGCGUCAGCUGCGUUACGAGGAGAUGCAGAAAAUAAAGUCACAAUUAAAAGAACAAGAUCAGAAAUGGCAGGAUGACCUUGCAAAAUGGAAAGAUCGUCGGAAAAGCUACACUUCAGAUUUGCAGAAGAAAAAAGACGAGAGGGAAGAGAUUGAGAAGCAGUCGCUUGAGAAGUCUGAGAGAAGAUCUAAGACAUUUAACGAAAUGCUGCAGGACAGGGAAUCCCCACAUCAGACGUCUACAAUUACAUCGAGGAGGAGACUAUAUUCUUCUCAUGAUGGAGUGAAUGAAGAAAAGCUUCCCCCUAUGCUGACUAUGUCAGAAGCAGGUUCCCAGAGUGAGAGAGUAGAAGAGAAGGGAACCACUUACCCGACGGAAAUUCCUAAGCAAGAUUCUACAACUUUUGCAAGAAGGGAGGCUACUCUCACAGCUGAAAUACAGCUUCCUUCGAAAAGCCCUGUGGAAGAACAACGCCCAGCCUCUUUGUCUUCUCAGCAUUCACUGAAUACACAAAUGGAGUCGACUCGAGUUUCAGCUACUCUCCCCAGAAGUUACCAGAAAACUGAUGCGGCCAGGUUAACGUCUGUGGUCGCACCGAGACCUUUUGGCUCUCAGUCAAGGGGAAUCUCAUCACUCCCGAGAUCCUACACGAUGGAUGAUUCUUGGAAGUAUAACGGAGACGUAGAAGGCAUUAAGAGAACCCAAAGCAGUUCGGUCAGCAUCUCUGUGCAAAGACCUGACACGAGCCAGCUUGCGUCCAGCUCAUCCAGCGAAAGAGAGGCAGCAGCAUCCAGAGAAAGUGUGAUGAGGCUGCAGUCUCCUACACCCACCUUCUCAUCUCCUUCCCAGGACCAGGCUGCCACUUCGAAAGACACGUUAUCUUCAACAUCUAGCCCUGAUUUAACAUCUGAGCUUGGAGGAGGGAGAAGCUCACCACAGACAGAGGUCUCAAGAUCGCAGGAUCAGUUCAGUGAUAUGAGAAUCAGCAUAAACCAGACGCCUGGGAACAGCCUUGACUUUGGAUUUACAGUAAAAUGGGAUUUUUCCAGGAUCUUCGUAGCAUCAGUCGAAGCAGGUAGCCCAGCAGAAUUUUCUCAGCUACAGGUAGAUGAUGAAAUUAUUGCUAUCAACAACACUAAGUUUUCGUAUAAGGACACAAAAGAGUGGGAGGAAACCAUGGCUAAUGCUCAGGAAACUGGAAACCUAGUAAUGGAUAUCAGGCGCUAUGGAAAGUCUGGUUCACCUGAAACAAAGUGGAUUGAUGCAACUUCUGGAAUUUACAGCUCAGACAAAUCUUCAAAUCUGUCAAUAACAGCUGAUUUCUCAGAAAGCCUUCAGAAUUCUAAUACUGAAUCAAAGGAAAUUAAUGGAAUUCGUGAUGAAAGCAAUACUUUUGAAUCAAAAGCCUCUGAACCUAUUUCUUUGAAAAACUUAAAAAGGCGAUCACAAUUUUUUGAACAAGGAAGUUCCGAUUCUGUGGUGCCUGAUCUUCCGGUCCCGACCAUCAGUGCCCCGAGUCGCUGGGCGUGGGACCAGGAAGGGGAGCGGAAGCGGCAGGAGAGGUGGCAGAAGGAGCAGGACCGCCUGCUGCAGGAAAAAUAUCAACGUGAACAGGAGAAACUAAGGGAAGAGUGGCAGAGGGCUAAGCAGGAGGCUGAGAGAGAGAAUUCCAAGUACUUGAAUGAGGAGCUGAUGGUCCUAAACUCAAACAGCAUUUCUCUGACCACACGGGAGCCUGCUGUGGCCACCCGGGGCGAAGAGUCCAAGGCACCUGACAGGGAAGGAACCCCAGCAGAGGAGGAGACGAGGGGGCAGCAGCAAGAGAAAGGCGUGAACGAGGACCCGAGGAACAAGCUGCAGGAGCAGACGCGGCGCCAGGCAGAGGCAGAGGCAGAGGCAGACGAGCAGAAGCGCCAGGCAGACAGAGAGAGGGACACUUCCAUCAAAAUAUACCAGUACAGAAGGCCUGUUGAUUCCUAUGACAUACCAAAGAGAGAAGAAGAAUCUUCAGGUUUGCUUCCUAGUGACAGGAAUAAAUCCAGAUCCACUACUGAACUGGAUGAUUACCCCGCAAAUAAAAAUGGAAGCAAUAGAUAUUUAGACCGAACUGGGAGCAGUAGCUCAUCGCAGAAAAGCUCCAAGAAGGAACAAGUCCCAUCAGGAGCGGAGUUGGAGAGACAACAAAUCCUUCAAGAAAUGAGGAAGAGAACAUCCCUUUAUGAUGACAACAGCUGGAUCCGACAGCGCAGUUCCAGUGUCAAUAAAGAGCCUAUUUGUCUGCCUGGGAUUAUGAGAAGAGGUGAAUCUCUAGAUAACCUGGAUUCCCCACGAGCCAGUUCUUGGCGACAGUCCCCUUGGCUCAACCAGCCUUCAGGAGUCUAUGCCACUUCCUCUGUCCAAGACUGCAGUCGCCCCCCACCUCAGCUGCUGUCCACAUCGAACCGUGCCUACAUGCGGAACCCCUCCUCCAGCGUACCCCCUCCCUCGGCGGGUUCCGGGAAGACCACCACCCCGUCCCCCAUACCACGCAGCCCUUCCCCUGCGGUUCCGCAGCCAAGCUGCCAGCCACGCAACAGGUCGGUCAGUGGGAAGCGCGUGUGCUCCUAUUGUCAUAACAUUCUGGGCAAAGGAGCCGCCAUGAUCAUCGAGUCCCUGGGUCUUUGUUAUCAUUUGCAUUGUUUUAAGUGUGUGGCCUGUGAUCAUGACCUCGGAGGCUCUUCCUCAGGAGCCGAAGUCAGAAUCCGAAACAACCAACUGUAUUGCAACGACUGCUAUCUCAGAUUCAAAUCUGGACGGCCAACCGCCAUGUGAUGUAAGCCUCCACACGAAAGCACUGUUGCAGAUAGAAGAAGAGGUGUUUGCUGCUGAUAUAGAUCUAUAAAUAUAUGUUGUAUGUCCUUUUGCUCUCUUUUUUAAAAAGAAUAAUACUUUUUCUGGCCUCUUUAGAUUACAUCAGAGCAUUAUAGUCUUGGUAGAACCUGUAUUUUUGUUGUUUAUUUAUAAGAAGGUAAUUAUGUGUGGGAAAAAGUGCAGUAUUUCCUUUUUGAAUUCAGCAUUAUAAAAGCACAAGGGAAAAAUGAGAACUUCAAAAUAUUUUUUUGAUGCUGAUAAUGAUCUAGUUUGACUUUCUAGUGGUGUUUUGAGGAGGGUUAUUUUAUUGUUUUUUUUUUUUUUAAGUUUUGGAAACAUUUGAAAUAGUUAAUAUAAAUAUGUAAUUGCAUUUGCUCUGUUUAUUAUAAUGUAUUCUAAAUUAAUGCAGAACCAUAUGGAAAAUUUCACUAAAAUCCACCCCCAAAUUUGCUUUCUGUAUCCUUCUUUUCAUUUAUGUAAUAUUAUUAAAUUUUUUUUUAGCUUAUAUGACAUUUUAUUUGCUUGAUGAGGGGAGCUCUGUUUUCUUCACCAGAAUUGUCACUAAGCAAUUCUCAGUAGAAAUUGCUUCUUUUCAUUCAUGGAAAAUCAUCAUGGUUUGUAUGCCAGAAGUUUUCUCCAGAAACUAGUGAGCCUUUC